AUGGAUAAAGAGAGAUUCUCAUCUGAUGUCUAUGAUGGGUCUAAGUUUCCUCUGAAAAUCUCACCAGUGAAGUUUGGAGACAGUGGAAGGAAUCAGCCAGUUGUGCUGAACUGUGAGAUAUCGCAGGUGAUUGGCACUGUGACCCUGGCCUGGCUCCGGAUGAAGGGGGGCAGGGGGGAGCUCGUAAAACAGGAGGUCCUGACAGAGAGAUCCCCAAAAACGAUGCUCAACCUCACCCUGCCCAGCCUCACUGAAGACCAGCUACACUGGGCCUGUGUGGUGUUCACAGGGAGCGUGCUCAGAGCACAGGUCCCCCUGCACCUCACACUGCCCAUCAAGCAAGAUGAUGGAAGGCAGCUGGUGAUCAUUUUGGCCUGUAGUGCCGCGGUGUGUGUUGGACUGUUGUUGUUGUUGUGUGGAGGACUGUUGUUUCGUCGUCUGAAAAGAGCAACAGCAGUCGGAGGGAACGGUGAUUCCAGUGCAGCUGACAACAUCUACAGUAAAGUCGCAGAGACACAGAACGAUCAAGCAAACCCAGACACAGCCACAGAGGGGAACCCAGGCACAGCCACAGAGGGGAACGAGAGUGAAGAACUCAAUUACCUGGCCUUCUCCCAGACCGCUCCCCAUCUAAACCCACACAGACAACGGAGGCGGUCUCGUUCUGAACUGGAAGAAAAUGAUAAAGUGGUCUAUGCAAGCAUCAACAACGCGUGAUAUGCUGCAAUCAAAUCGAUCAACGAAACAAAAAGUCCACAUAAAAAACUGCAUCUCAUGUCUGUACAGUGUAAAUCCAUUCGGGAUGGAAGAAGCCAUCGGUAGAAGCCAGAUUUUCCAUGACUUGUUCAUAUGUGAAUUUGCCACCGUUUCAUUCUUUCUUGCUAAAUGAAGCUUUUACGAAAAAGUAAUAAUAUUUGUGUUUGUGUUAAACAUUGUUACAAGCUUUUGCAUUCCACUACAAGGCUAAAGAGAUUUUCUUCAUGUAAAUAUGCACUGUUGUGUAUCAUUGAAAUAAUUUACAUAGGCAAUAUUAAAAAUGAUUCAAUAUCCCACCUACAAAAAAAUAAAAAAUAAGUAAAGCGCAAAUAGCGCAUUGGUUGGUGGAAGCCCAUUUUGUUGUUUACACAACAUGUAAGUAAACGUGCAAUUAGGUGUAAACUUGCGAUAUAGUGUAAAACAAAGUCACGGUUCAUCUUCCAGUUAAGGAAAUUAUUUUCUAAAACAAGCUAAACCACUUAAAACCAUUAGAACCAAUUUUAAACCAAUGAGCUUUAAUUAUUGCAGUUAUACAAUGUUUUGGUGUCGGUCUGCAUAAACACAGGCAGUGUGAGUCAACAAGUCAAUGAGCCUUUUUAAAUGAUAGGAAGGGAUUUACAAUGGUCUUGUAACAAUGAUUUAACACAAAAAUCUUACCGAUUGUACCUUUAACUCGCUUUGUUUCCUCAAAUUGGCGAAUAACUCAUAUCCAGUGAUGGCAAUGUCGAAAUAAAGGUGUACUUGUUUGUGUUGACAACAGAGUUGUACAUUUGAUCGUUUACACCAUAACGUACU